ACCACAAUGAGUGCCAGGAAGAGGCCUAACUGCUAACAGUAGUUUUCUUGCAAGGUUCAUGUUUUACAGUACCAGAUUAAUUUCAUUAUCUUUCUCCUUCCUCCCCCCCCCCCCCCCCUUUUAAAAUCUAAUUAGGAGCUGCAGUAGCGAUCCUGUAGAAGAAAAGACCCACAAGAGUAUCUUUCCGAGAAUCCUGGCAGGGAAUUGAACGCGAAAAUGAAGCCAGACCGAGAUACAUUAGAUGAAUACUUUGAAUAUGAUGCAGAAGAAUUCUUGGUCUCCCUAGCCUUGUUAAUUACAGAAGGCAGAACACCUGAAUGUUCCGUCAAAGGUCGAACUGAAAGCUUUCAUUGCCCUCCAGCACAGUCAAGUUAUCCAGUAACAGCAAAACAUGAAUGCAGUGAUAAGCUGGCCCAGUGUCGCCAAGCCAGACGAACAAGAUCUGAGGUCAUGUUGCUUUGGAAAAAUAAUCUUCCAGUGAUGGUAGAAGUGAUGCUACUUCCAGAUUGUUGCUAUAGUGAUGAUGGGCCUAACACAGAGGGAAAUGAUUUAAAUGAUCCUGCAAUUAAACAAGAUGCUUUAUUAUUAGAAAGGUGGAUCUUGGAACCAGUUCCUCGACAAAAUGGAGAUCGAUUUAUUGAAGAGAAGACUCUUCUAUUGGCUGUGCGUUCUUUUGUCUUCUUUUCUCAGUUAAGUGCUUGGCUGAGUGUUUCCCAUGGUGCUAUUCCACGAAAUAUUCUUUACAGAAUCAGUGCUGCUGAUGUUGACCUACAAUGGAAUUUUUCCCAGACUCCCACUGAGCAUGUAUUUCCUGUUCCCAAUGUUUCUCACAAUGUGGCCUUGAAAGUCAGUGUUCAGUCCUUGCCUAGACAAUCUAAUUAUCCAGUCUUGACCUGUAGUAUUCAUACUAACAUUAACUUUUAUGAAAAAAGAAUUCAAGAACAUCAACUGAAAACUCAUCAACAUUAUAAUUCCAAGGAAGUUGAGCAGUGCAAUAUGCGCAGUUCACAUCUGUGUAGCAAACAAACUUGGACUAUAGUACCAGAAGGUUUGUUACAUGCAAAAAAAUCCAUAAAUCCAGAAUGUAAUACAGCUGUCAAAAAUUUCAAACUGUAUCCAGGUAUUGGCCAUGAUUCUGACCUUGGGACACCUCAAUCAAGUAUACAGUGUUUUAAUGCUACAGGAGAUGCAAAAUCACUUGGAACAUCAGUGAGAACUUUAAAAUCGUUGUCUUGGGGGGAUCCCAAUGUUUCUAGUAGCCAUAGUUCUUGGCAGCCCACAGGAGAGACCAAUCCUUUAAUAGGCUCUUUAAUUCAGGAUCGUCAGGAAGUUAUUGCAAGGAUUGCUCAACAUUUAAUUGAUUGUGAUCCAACCACUUCACAUGUUUCUGGGCACCCAUUCAGAAUGCAAGAUUCCAAUUCACUUAACUCAAAAAUUUUCCGGAGUUCAUAUGAAAAUGGAAAUUUAUUGAAGAAAAAUAAGGAAAACAGCUCUGUUGGCUUUAUUAGCCCAGAAUAUACAUCCUCAGAAAACACUGGUGAGGGGAAAACAAAGUCAAAACCAGAAAACCCUCAGUAUGAUUCUUAUGUUUCCAGUAAUACUUAUUCUCGCUCAUCCAUUGGUGAGACUAAUCCUUUGAUAGGCUCUCUACUUCAAGAACGACAAGAAGUUAUUGCAAGGAUUGCACAGCACUUGAUUCAUUGUGACCCAUCUGCAUCACAUAUCCCCAGGCAUUCAUUCAACAUGAAUGACUCCAAUUCUGUUCAUUCAAAAGUUUUUCGGAGUUCAUAUGAAGAUAAAACUUUGUUGAAGAAAAGCAAGGAAAACUCCAUUUCUUUCUCUAACAAAGAUUUGUGCUUAUCUGGAAAUAGUGAAGGCAAAAAUAUAAUAAUUACUGAUAAAUCUUUUAAUUCUUUUAAAUGCAGUGAAUUAAAGACACCUUUAAAAACUCAAAUCAGAAGAAAUGCACAUCAAGAACAUCCUAAUGAAACUGUCCAAAGCACAUUUCAACAAACACAAACUAAAGCUACAAAUUUAUUGACUUGCUUAAAUACAUCUCAUAGCAAAGAAAUUAAAUUAGAAUCACCAGGCAGAUUGGAAAAAACAGUUUCCAGAUGUCAAUUUAAAGAUCAAGAAAUUAAUAGAAUUGAUAAACAGUGUUCAGAUUCUAGCAAUAUUGAUGAACAGAUAUGCAGAAAUACACAUAAGGAAAGAACAGUAAAAAGUGAGAAUGGCAAUCCAGAUUCUUUUCACAACCACCAUUUAGAUAAUUCAAAAACACUUAAUAGUUCACCAAAAUCUCCUGUGUUGCCAGCAUCUGAUCAUCUGCAUAAACAUGAGCUUAUAUGCCCAAAGACAGACCCCAAAACAUCCAAGGCAUGUGAGCAAAAAACUCAACUUGUUAGCAUAGAAAACUAUCGAAAUAAGGACACUGAGAGUUUCAAAUGUAAAAAUAAGCCAGACCAAUUCAAAGCUGAACAAGAUGAGAAUGAGGACCCAAUUGAUGAAGAAUCUCAAAAUUGUUCUCAGAGAAAAAUUAGAGAAGAUUGUGCCUCUAGGUGUGAACGACUAAAAAACACAGAAGUUCUGAGAACUAUAUCAGUGAAACAUCCAAGUAUGUGGCGAAAACACAAUUUUCAUUCAUUAGAUGGAACCUCAACCAAAGCCUUCCAUCCUCGAACUGGAUUACCUCUUCUUUCAAGUCCUGUUCCUCAAAGGAAAACACAAUCAGGCUGCUUUGAUUUGGAUACUUCCUUACUACAUUUGAAAAAUUUGUCAUCCAGAAGUCCACAGCAGUGUAUAAACAUCGAAGAUGAUCCAGAUAUCCAUGGAAAACCAUUUCUGAGUUCUAGUGCUCCACCCAUAACAAGUCUUAGUCUUCUAGGAAAUUUUGAGGAAUCUGUCUUGAACUAUCGCUUAGAUCCUCUAGGCAUUCUUGAUGGCUUUACUGCUGAGGUGGGGGCAAGUGGAAUUUUCUGCCCUACUCAUAUGACACUUCCUGUUGAAGUGUCCUUCUACAGUGUUUCAGAUGAUAAUGCCCCUUCUCCUUAUAUGGGUGUGAUUACUUUAGAGUCCCUUGGUAAAAGGGGUUAUCGAGUACCUCCUUCAGGAACAAUACAAGUGACCUUAUUUAAUCCUAACAAGACUGUGGUGAAGAUGUUUGUUGUGAUAUAUGACUUACGAGAUAUGCCAGCCAAUCAUCAGACAUUCCUUCGACAAAGAACUUUUUCUGUACCUGCAAAAAAAGAGAUGAAGAGAAGUGUUAAUAAAGAGAACAUUCGACAUACUGAAGAAAAGUUAUUACGCUACCUCAUACAUCUGAGGUUCCAGAGCUCUAAAUCUGGAAAGAUCUACCUCCAUAGAGAUGUUCGGCUCCUGUUUUCUAGAAAGUCCAUGGAAGUUGAUAGCGGUGCUGCAUAUGAACUCAAAUCAUAUACUGAAUCACCAACAAACCCUCAGUUUUCACCAAGAUGUUAAAAGGAGUAGAAAUUUGAAGUAUUUACUCAAUAGUCAAGUUUGAGAGCUAAAAAUGGCAUAGAACAGAGUGUACCCGAAUUACAGUCAAGAGAGUGAAUCCUUUCCUAUGACCCUGGACCAGUUUUUAUUAAGAUUUCUGGAAUGAUCUCCACAUAUUCCAAAUAGACUGGAAACACAGACCUAAGUCCUAAUCCUUUUUUUUUGUACUGUUUAAACCACUUCAUUGGAUGUGUUGCAAUAGCAAAAUCCCCAGUUAGGUUAGUGUUUACACAUUUUAUUUCUCAGUUAUUUAAUAUUUAAUGUUUCCUUUAAUACUAAAGUGAUAUUUGUCUCUAGUGUUCUAAUGUAGCACAAACCCUGUGUAAAAUCAUAAUAUGUAUUUUUGACAUUAAUGUUGAAAUCUGAAAUAUAUGCACAAGUCUUUAA